CAUUCGCUCAAGGCCCGGGGCUUGCCGGCUUUCCGCGAGCACCCCGCUCGAUUGCCCUUUGGCCUCGAUCUGCCCUGCUCGCCCUCCCCUCAAGCAUCGCCGACUCUCACACACCAUGAAGGCCCUCAUUCUCGUCGGCGGUUUCGGAACUCGCCUGAGACCCCUCACCUUCUCCGUCCCCAAGCCUCUGGUCGACUUUUGCAACAAGCCCAUGAUCAUGCACCAGAUCCAGGCCCUGGCCAAGGUCGGUGUUACCGAUAUCGUCCUGGCCGUCAACUACCAGCCCGAGGUCAUGGUCAGCGCCAUGCGCAAGGUUGAGGAGGAGUUUGGCGUCCGCAUCCACUUUUCGAUCGAGCCCGAGCCCCUCGGAACCGCUGGUCCCCUCGCCCUCGCUCGCAACAUCCUGGCCAAGGACGACGAGCCCUUCUUUGUCUUGAACUCGGACGUUAUCUGCGAGUUUCCGUUUGAGGAGCUGAUUCGAUUCCACCGCAGCCACGGCUGUGAGGGCACCCUGAUGACUACCCCCGUCGAGGAUCCCUCGAAAUACGGCGUGAUUGUGUGCCAUUCCGGCUCCACUCGCAUCCAGCGGUUCGUCGAGAAGCCCAAGGAGUGGGUUGGCGACCAGAUCAACGCGGGCAUCUACGUCUUCAACCCCAAAAUCCUCGAGCGUAUUGAGAACAAGCCCAUGUCGAUCGAGAAGGAGGUCUUCCCGUUCAUGGCCCGCGACGGCCAGCUCCACGCCACUGAUCUCAAGGGCUUCUGGGCCGAUGUUGGCCAGCCCAAGGACUUCCUGACCGGCACCGCCCUGUACCUGACCUCGAUCUCGCAGAACAACGCCUCGGCUCUUGCGCACGGACCCAACUUUGUCGGUUCGGUUCUGAUCGACCCCACGGCCAAGAUUGGCGAGAACUGCAAGAUCGGUCCCAACGUCGUCAUCGGCCCGGGCGUCACCAUUGGCAACGGUGUCCGACUAAACCGCUCCGUGGUCAUGCGCGGUUCUGUUGUGAAGGAUAACGCCUGGGUGAGCAACAGCAUCAUUGGAUGGCACUCCAGUGUCGGCCGCUGGGCUCGCUUGGACGGAACCACGGUCCUCGGCGAAGAUGUCCAUGUGGCCGACGAGAUUUUCGUGAACGGCGGCUCGGUCCUCCCGCACAAGAGCGUCAGCGCCAAUAUCACCGAGCCCAAGAUUGUUAUGUAAAUACAGAGAUAUUUCGACGAA